AUGAGGGUGGAAGUCUGCAGUUUUUGCUCUCGUCCCGUGUACCCGUCCAAGGGCAUCACAUUCGUUCGAAAUGACGCUCGAAGCUUUCGUUUCUGUCGAAGCAAGUGUGAAAAGAAUUUCAAAAUGAAACGUCAACCGAGACGUGUGAAGUGGACCAAGGCCCACCGUGCUCUUCGCGGCAAGGAGAUGAUUGUCGACUCGUCGCUCUUGCUGUCGCAGUUUGCCAAGAAGCGCAACGUCCCCGUCAAGUACGACCGCAACCUGGUGGCGGCCACGAUCAACGCGAUGGAGCGCGUGGAAGACAUCCGCCAGAGGCGCGAGAGGGUUUUCACCAAGCGGCGUCUGGCCGGCAAACUUGCGCGCGAUCGCCAGCGCGAGGAGGACCGACGGGUGGUUGCAGAGGGCGAGCAUCUUAUCCGCAAGGAGCUGCGGGAAAUGGAGGAGCAAGACUUGCCCAUCACGGCAGAGAAGAUUUCAGGACAAGUCCUGGGCGAAGAGAGGGUCCGACAGAAGAAGAAGGCCCGGGUCGUUUGCAUCGCCCUCGCGACCAUGUUCUUUGAGGCGAUGCGCUCUCGCUGGCCGUUGGCGGACUGGUGGCCCCUCGCAGCUUCUAUAUUGACAUCGUCGACUCAUGCCACGCACGACGAACGCAGGGAAUCCCCCGGCAUCAGCGAAACCAGGGCGUUCUCUUCUUCGCCACCUCUUAACGGCGAACCAAGACUUUGCUAUGUAUGCAAAAUGGAUCCAACUAGGACCGUGGAAGACUUGGCAAGCACGCACACUGGGGCCUACUCGACGGCUUAUCUGGUGAUUCUUGCUGCCGUGGUGGCUUUUGUCAUGGGCCUGUGUUUCCUCGACUGGUUUCAAGCCAACUACAGACCCAGAACUACCAAAAGACGCGUAUCAAAAGUCCGCCCGAACGUACGAGGAUUGAAAAUCGCGAACCCUAGUAGUAGUAGUACUUACGGGGCCAAUUCCACGACCCCAGAACGGGGAAGACGGUUGCACAGAAAGUCUUUCCGCCUCGUUAACCCUCUUAUCAACCGCAACAACCAAGAUGACGAUUCCUUCACCAGGCCCGUGGAGAUCAAGAGAUGGAUAAUCAAAGACGAUUCGGCACCUGUUGGGGGAAAUGGGUAUCGCCCUUACCCUAGCGAUCCUGAUUCUGGAAGAGGACCCAACUCAGUCCUCCUCCCAGAGUUAGUCGAAGCUGUGAGCUCGGUGAAUACCGGUACCAACGAGCCUCACAGACCGGUUCUGUUCGGGGAGAUACUCCAGAAUCAGAGUCAACUGACUUCUCUGUCCAACGACCCACAAGACAUCCCAUUCGAACCGCUCAAACCUACAAGCCUCGCCUCGAAUACCAGCAACAGUAGCAACGAGAAGGAGGCUGAAAGCCCGACGGCCCUGUUCGAGGAGACGAUUGCAUGGAGCCGGGGUGUGCAGCGGGUUGAAUACAGAUGCGAGGAGCGAGGAGAGUGCAGCCAACCACCACCACCAUCCUCCUCCUCCUCUCCCGUCGCCGUGAACCUUACUCAAACUGCUGAAGGGUCAACUGAAGGGCUGACUUUUUUGGACAACGGUACUACCGUAUCAAGUAAAAAUCCCCAAAGUGUUGAGCGUCGGCACUGUCAGCACUUGGCCGAGAAAUUCAAAGAGCUGGAGAGCUACCAGCCUAGCACCUCAUCUGAAUCCUCCUCCUCCUCUGCUGGGGUACCAAGCUCAAGUGCCCGCAGCAACGGCUCGACAAAGAACGAAGACACUGAUAUGAUUUUCGCUUUUGAACUCGACGCGACAACUCCGUCUGCGCCUGCACCUCCACCUGCAUCUUCGUCUCUGGGGAAACUCACGCCCCUGUCGUUGUCACACACACCUUCCCCCCCUUUUGGCGGAUUCCAGGACGUGAAUAGUCACUGGAAUAUCGAUCAGACUUCGACACUGCCCUUUGGUGCGAAAUCCGGCAAGAAGCGACGCACUCGCCAUCGGCCUAGAAAGGGUCGGGGUCGACGAAGGGACCGUGAAACAGGUGAGGCUGAAGCUGAGGUAAAGGCAGGGACAGAGAGAAGCGAGCCGUCUAGUUGA